AUGGCUACCACCACAGCCUUCACGUAUUUUAACAAACUUCCGCUCGAGCUUCAGCUCGAAGUCUGGAAGCACGCGGCCGACGAUUGCGGUCCUAUGAGGUUGGAUCUCGUCAAUACCUCAUCGACGUGGGAUGCCGACGCCAACGACUUCAUUCUGCCAGCCAUCUGCCAUGUCAACGUGAUCGGAAUCCAGAGACGCCGGAUCGCUCUCAUGAGCGUUUGUCAUGCUGCUCGCAAGGUGUGUAAGAAGCAGUUCACAACUGUUGCGUGCCGCCACCUGUCACUGUUCUUCUCGAACGAAGAGCAGACAGACUACCGGGCGGGCCUCGAUAAUGGGCACACGCAAAGGGCCGUCUCCCGAUGCCUCGUUCUGGAUUGGGACGUAGACCUCAUUUAUCUUGCUGAGAGCGGCAAUGCUACGCAACUUCCAUGGCUCUUUGCUCAAACAGAAGGCCUUAAAGGCAUCAAGAAUCUAGGUCUACACCUGCAGUCUUUUGGGCCUUUCGAUCACUGGAAUACUCUCGACGAAGACCUUCGAAAGGCAGACGCUCUCGGACCAAAAGACCCAGAAGACGACUACGAGAAAGAGGCAACCCAUUUCCUCGACAGAUAUGCAGACAGCAUGACCUCACUGGAGAACAUGGUUCUUGUCAUCGAUGAGACAGUGGCGGUAUUUCUCGCCGAUUACAGCAACCUCGAUGAUGAGCUUGAAAGUUUUCUGCGGGAUAUGCCGAAGAACGACCGCCUACUUCCCUCGUACGAGGCCUUUGGCGUUACCUUGGACAUGGAUGCCGACUGGGUGUACAGGCUGAUGUAUACCUGCACAUCCCAGUGGGCGGGGUGGACGGAAAAGAUGGUUGGGAUCGUGGAGAUGUUCAGAGGGUUUCGAAGGGCACUGCUAAGACGGGGAAUGGACAAUGUUAGACUCAUCAUGGCUGUCGACGCGAGUGGAAGCCUCAAUGCCUUGAGUUCCGACAUGUUUGAGUGGGGUGAGAUCAUGGAGGAUCCACGUCACCAACAGAAUGACUGA